GAUGUGGCCAGUGGUGUGGACGUGAAUAUUCAUCCCUGUGGAGGAAAAUAGUGGGGUCUCUGACAUUCGAUUCUGAAACCUUCCUCGUAUCCCUCCUGACACUUCUUUGCUGCAAGAUCGAGGCUGUCCUCUGGUGAGAAGGUGUUGAGGCUUCACGUCGUAUUCCAGCUCUGAACAGCAACAUGGGGUGCAAAGUCCUGCUCAACAUUGGCCAGCAGAUGCUGCGGCGGAAGGUGGUGGACUGUAGCCGGGAGGAGACGCGGCUGUCUCGCUGCUUGAACACUUUUGACCUGGUGGCCCUCGGGGUGGGCAGCACGCUGGGUGCUGGCGUCUAUGUCCUGGCUGGAGCUGUGGCCCGUGAGAAUGCAGGCCCUGCCAUUGUCAUCUCCUUCCUGAUUGCUGCGCUGGCCUCGGUGCUGGCUGGCCUGUGCUACGGCGAGUUUGGUGCUCGGGUCCCCAAGACGGGCUCAGCUUACCUCUACAGCUAUGUCACCGUUGGAGAACUCUGGGCCUUCAUCACCGGCUGGAACUUAAUCCUCUCCUACAUCAUCGGUACUUCAAGCGUAGCGAGGGCCUGGAGCGCCACCUUCGACGAGCUGAUAGGCAGACCCAUCGGGGAGUUCUCACGGACACACAUGGCUCUGAACGCCCCCGGCGUGCUGGCCGAAAACCCUGACAUAUUCGCGGUGAUCAUAAUUCUCAUCUUGACAGGACUUUUAACUCUUGGUGUGAAAGAGUCAGCCAUGGUCAACAAAAUAUUCACUUGUGUCAACGUCCUGGUCCUGGGCUUCAUUAUGGUGUCAGGAUUUGUGAAAGGGUCGGUUAAAAACUGGCAGCUCACGGAGGAAGAUUUUGGGAACACGUCAGGCCGUCUCUGUUUGAACAAUGACACAAAAGAAGGGAAGCCCGGUGUUGGUGGAUUCAUGCCCUUCGGGUUCUCUGGUGUCCUGUCGGGGGCAGCGACUUGCUUCUAUGCCUUCGUGGGCUUUGACUGCAUCGCCACCACAGGUGAAGAGGUGAAGAACCCGCAGAAGGCCAUCCCUGUGGGGAUCGUGGCGUCCCUCCUGAUCUGCUUCAUCGCCUACUUCGGGGUGUCGGCCGCCCUCACGCUCAUGAUGCCCUACUUCUGCCUGGACAAUAACAGCCCCCUGCCCGAUGCCUUUAAGCACGUGGGCUGGGAAGGCGCCAAGUACGCAGUGGCCGUGGGCUCCCUCUGCGCUCUUUCUGCCAGCCUUCUAGGUUCCAUGUUUCCCAUGCCUCGGGUUAUCUAUGCCAUGGCUGAGGAUGGACUGCUAUUUAAAUUCUUGGCUAAGGUCAAUGAUAGGACCAAAACACCAAUAAUCGCCACACUAGCCUCGGGUGCCAUUGCUGCUGUGAUGGCCUUCCUCUUUGAUCUGAAGGACUUGGUGGACCUCAUGUCCAUUGGCACUCUCCUGGCUUACUCGUUGGUGGCUGCCUGUGUGUUGGUCUUACGGUAUCAGCCAGAGCAACCUAACCUGGUAUACCAGAUGGCCAGUACUUCUGACGAGUUAGAUCAAGCAGACCAAAAUGAGCUGGCCAGCAGCAAUGAUUCCCAGCUGGGCUUUUUACCAGAGGCAGAGAUGUUCUCUCUGAAAACCAUACUCUCGCCCAAAAACAUGGAGCCUUCCAAAAUCUCCGGGCUCAUUGUGAACAUUUCAACCAGCCUCAUAGCUGUUCUCAUCAUCACCUUCUGCAUUGUGACGGUGCUUGGAAGGGAGGCUCUCACCAAAGGGGCGCUGUGGGCAGUCUUUAUGCUCGCAGGAUCUGCCCUCCUCUGUGCCGUGGUCACGGGUGUCAUCUGGAGGCAGCCCGAGAGCAAGACCAAGCUCUCAUUUAAGGUUCCCUUCCUGCCAGUGCUCCCCGUCCUGAGCAUCUUCGUGAACGUCUAUCUCAUGAUGCAGCUGGACCAGGGCACCUGGGUCCGGUUUGCCGUGUGGAUGCUGAUAGGCUUCAUCAUCUACUUUGGCUACGGCCUGUGGCACAGCGAGGAGGCGUCCCUGGAUGCUGACCAAGCAAGGACUCCUGACGGCAACUUGGACCAGUGCAAGUGACACACAGCCCCGCCCCCCGGAAGUGGCAGCAGCUCCGAGGGACGCCCCCAGAGGACCGGGAGGCACCCCCCGCUCCCCACCAGUGCAACAUCCACACCCUCACUGCAGCUGAAGGUGCAAUUACUUGAACUGCAGCCCCAGCCCACCCUCGGCUCUGCAGCCGGCUCUCCAGGUCCUGGUCACCUCCAGACAGCUGCUUGGCUGGGGCCACUAGGCUGCAGCCGGCCACUGUGUCUCCUCACUUCUCUGAACAAACAGUUCCUUCCCUAUCAGCUCAGCCCGGAUCUGCCACAGCCUCAGGCAGAACGGAGGUCACCUUCUCUCCUUAUCUUGGGAACCAGGCCUUCCUCCCCGGGGACUGUUCUGGGAUUGAAAUUGUGCAUACUCCAAACUUUCGCAGCCAUCUUCCCGCUCAGCCCCAGACACCCAGCUAUCAAGCCAGAUGAGUACCACAAAACAGUGUGUCCCCAGCAGCUCCCCACCCUCAGAGCCAAACGACAGUAGUGCGCUUAAAAACGAAAAUCAGGCCUGUUGUCCUUCUCCCGUUGCGUUCAGAUGGGUCAUUAGGGCUGGACCUUGCCUGCCCCUCAGCUUCUCAGGGCUUUGCUCUGACACCGUGACUGGCUGGUCAGCGGGGCUGGGGGCAGCUGGUUCCUCUCAAAUGAGGAAGAAGGGAUCGCUCCCAUUAGGGCCUACUCUGCUUACGCAUGUGUGUGCACAGGUAUGUAAACCAGGGACCUUCCUCAGCUCGUGGCCUCCAGGCCUGGGCCAGUUCUUGCUGCUCCUGCCGUCUUCUCUGACUGGCUGUGUCCUGAGUAACUGGAACAUGAGACUGUAUCUGCAGGACUGGCCUCACGGCGGCCGAGUUAGAAGUAUGUUUCCUGUGCGUCGCCGCCGUUCGCUCAGUCUUACCCUCCCAUGCUUUAGAGCCAGUCUGGUGGCUCUUGGAAAGUUCUCAAGGCUGGUGGCAGCUCAGUGCGGGUUUAGGACAUGUCGGGGGCAUGCGUUUCUGGCCCUGACAUGAGCUGUCUGGAUUCUCUGUGACAUGAUGAAACUGAAAUCAAUCCGCAGUCCAUGAAAUUGUGACUCACUCCCCGAGAUUAAGUUAGGGCAUAACAUGAACGUGGAAAUGACCACGUCAUCACCCCUGUGGCUGGCGUAUUGCUGAGAUGUGUGGUUCGUAGGGGAGAUGAUUUCCAGGCAUAUUGCUGUCCCUUUUGUGUAUCUGUCAUCCGGAUGCUUCGUACCCCACGCCUCCACAAGUGGGACAGACCCGAGCAUCCUCCCCGCCCCCAUAGCUACAAUGCACUCCACCCCGGCCUGUCUUACCCAGGUCGGGGCCUGCGGCCAACACCAUUUCACGCACACUCCUUGUAGAUGGAAGCCAGAGGAAACCUGAACGUGGGGGGAGCAUUCCAUUGAGAGUCGACUUCAGGAGACAGAAGGCCCAUGCUGAUGGGGCAGGGAAAGGGAGGUAGGUAUUUUGGACGCCAGGGGAAAUGGAAAUGUUGCUUUCAAAACUUAGUUUCCUUUCCAUUUCUUCCUAGUCUGGCCUUUGACACAAAUCUGGUAGAAGCCUGAUAAAUUGAGGGCACUUGUGUCCUCCCUGUGCCCCCAGAAGAUUCUCGGAGAGAAGUGCAAGAAUUUGUGAACACGCCAGUGGAGGGCAGGUGGGCAGCCAUGGGCUGGGCCUCCAUAUCAGGCCUGCUCACCUUGCUGGGAGCUUUAUUCUGAUGUCAUUUUGAAUGGUCCAGAGGGAGCAUCAAAAGAGCCCAAAGCUCUGAUUUCCAAAGAGAGGUAUUGACAUUUAUAUAGAUUGGUGCUGUAACAUAUUUUGAUAAAUACUAACUUAUUUUGUUGGGGUUUUGGUUGUCUCUUGUCUUAGGACCUGGUAGUUAUUUGCUUGAUUUUUUUUUUCCGUUAUUUUCUACAUAAGCAAAGAGAACUCGAGGGAUAGACAGUCUCCAAGAAAAGUGAAGUGGUAGGAGAGAAUUGCUUUUUUUGGUUUUUUCUUUUUCUCUAGUUUUUCUUUCUGGCUGAAAUUUCUGUGAAGACAGCACCCAAUAGACUAUGUAGAGUUGACAUUUGAGAUUUCAGUGGGCGCCGUGAAUCAUUCUGUAGAUUGAGAAGGUGUGUCUCCCCUGCUCCGUCUCAUCAUGAGGGCUCACUGACAGCUGGGAGUCUGUGGCCUUCCUCACGCAGAGGCCUUAAAGCUCGAUGCGGAAGCACGCCUAGGCUCGGCAGGGAUGGGACCCCCCCGCGCCCCCUCCUUAGAGGACGGGCUUCCUGGUUAGGAAAGGACACGUGGAGGUGCCUUGCAUAAUAGUUCACUGGUCACUGUGCUUUUAUGAGUAGUUUUUUGUGCAGUUGCCAGGGGGUUUCUCUGCUGUGUGCGAGGGCAGUAAUUAUUUAAGCAAUGGUGUCUGGAGUAAGCCUCACAAUUUUAAUAGACUUUUUUCUUAUCACAUCCCUCAGUUCUUUCCCUGAAAUAAAAAUACAAGCAAACACAUUGAUAGUUUCACAUCUCUUAGUUCCCUUGCCCAAACAAGAAUAUUCUUAGUUCCGCUGGCCAGGAUUUUCCUACAUAGCCAGAACUUACACAUUACUAGAGGCACACCCGCCAAGGGAGUAUUGUGUCUACUUUUAUCUGUGCACCAGCCACAAAUAAAUACCCUCAUUGGAAAGACCCAUUUGUGAUGGGUAAACAUCCCUUCCUGUCUGUCACAACCCCCGUGACUGCCCUGCAUGUGUUCAUGACCUCUGAAGGCCCAAAUUCAUGAAGCAGUAAACCCAGCAGAUCCCCAGCCCGCCUGCCUCAGGACCUCUGCUGAAGACAGGGAUGAAGAGGGUCUCCAGGGAGGCAGCGGGGGCCUUGAGGGCAGCUCUGCAGUGGGGAGGAGCGCCGUCCGGAGGAGACCAGGCCUCUGCAUGCCCCCCACUCUGCUUACCAUCCCUGCUCACACCCUCUUGGCCAAGGCUUUGUGCAGCAGAUUUAAUUUUCCAAAUGAAGAGGACAGAGUGAUAGAUGCAUUUUCCCCAGGCUGUCUCGGAAAGGUCGCUAAAUGUACACUGUUAGAAUUGCUGAGAUCUCCCCCCACUUUUGGUUUUUGCAGCAGCAAAAACUCUCUCUCCACUGCAACUUCUUUUAUCUCUCUCAGGCAGCCAGCUCCCUGGUCCCUUGUGCUGACUGUAGUACAGUGGCCAAGAGCUGAUACGAAGCCAGGGGUGACCGCAGGACGGUGGGCUCAGUGGGUUUCUCCACCUACCCCAGUCGCCAGGGCCCUGACGCACUCCCUCCUGCACCGUCAGCACAUCCAUGUGCACAGCUGGAAGGGUGCAUGGCCCACCUACCUUUGUCCAGACGGGUGGAAAUCUGAUGAUGCCAGCUUUUCCCUGCCGUGCCCCUGCCGCGAGCAGGCAUUGUGAACUGGCUGGUGUUCGCAGUCCCACGUGGUGUGGUCUCCAGCCCAACCCAUGGUGGAGACUGGAGACAGAGCAAUGAGUCCUGGUGGGGGGCACGUGGACAUGCCCCACAGGGGCCUCACUCAGGCUUAUAGGCAAGGUCCUGGGCACUGCGUGACGCAGCACUCACUGCUACAGCAAGCCCGCCUGGCUCUGUGCCAGGGCCCCUCUCCUGAUUCACACGUCGCAUUUUUACGCAGACCCUUCCUUCUUAAUAAAAGCUGACAGUUCUGUUGGCACCCAAGAACCCACACCGUGAAGACAGGGAGUGAGGGGCCUUUGUGCCCAAGCCCAGCACAGCUGUGUUCUGGGGUGCGUGAGAGGCAUGUUCGUGUCCGUGCGUUGCUGGUCUUCUGACACAGUUCCGAGGACAGGGAAAUUGCUGGGUGGCGGGGCUGUGAGGCUCGUAUGUGGAACUGCUGCAGAGUUCGCCGGCAGACGGAUCUGGAUAUAUGUUAUGUGUAAUUGUUAUGUGUAAUUUAAGAUAUGUCUGUUUGCCAUCGUCGUAAGAUUAUAUGUAAGACUCUUAAGGGAGAGGGAGAUGUACAUUCGCCAGGCUCCUGUGGACUUUGUUUGAGUCAUGAAAUUGAUUACUGUUGAUCCAGUGGUGUGAGAAGCUACACUCCAUGUGUCAUCACGCUUAUGACUCCUAAUGGAUUUUUAAGGCAAAAAAUGCCAGCCGACUCCAUCUUCACCCCCCGAUUCCUCGAGUCCAGCCUUUCUGUGCCAGUGCAUCCCUGAGCCACAAUGCUCUCGCCAUCGGGACCCGGCUGGGCCUGGAGUCUUGGGGCACAGUUACCAUGGAGCCCUCCUGGGUCAUUCUACAAAUGUGCUGAGUGCCAGCUGAAAGCCCCACAGGAGAUGGAGUGCCUUGGCCAAGCUUAAAGAGAAGAUUUUCUCAGGGUAUUUAUUAGUGUGUCCAGCAGGGUCAGGAAGCAGGGAUGGAAAGAUGCAUUCAGACUGUUAAUUUAUUAACAAGGCAAAUGGUUUUGUGUUUCUUGAUGACAAGCUAUUAAGUUUGGGACUUAUUUUCCCAUUUGAGAAGUUAUAUAUUUAAGAUAAGUUUCCUGCUUAAGUUGUGCCUUUCAGCUUCAACGAGUUUAAGGAGCACUAAGGGUAAUGAUACCAAUGAGGGUUGGUUUAUUAUCAAACCUGAAUAGCUGUGGUUUCUCCGAUAAAUGUUUUCUUCUACUGAA